CGUUUUCUAUGGCCUCGACGCCCAGACGUAAACAAACAAAGCAGCUGAGCAGAAGCUCCAGAAGGUUGUGCGGACGUCCUCGUGUUUCUUCAGAUAAAACUACUUCGGUUUCAUUAUGCCAGUGCAGACAGAUGGACCAGAGGAUUAUAAGGCCAAUUACAAGACAUUGAAGAGGAAAUUGAAACUCCUGAUAUAUGAGAAUGAGUGUUUCCAAGAAGAACUUCGGAAAGCCCAGAGAGCCCUCCUGCGGGUGCGCCGAGACAAGUCCUUUCUCCUGGAUCGCCUCCUGCAGUACCAUCGGGGUCCUGACUCAUCCUCGGACUCUGAGCAAACAGAAGAGUCGGACACAGAAAAUGAUGCAAAGUUGGACACAAAGAGUUGCAGGAAAAGGUUAAGUUUGGAGGGAUCUGGUGGUGGUUCCAACAGCUCUCAGGGCCCCCUUGGAAAGCCGCCCUUGAAGAAAAAGAAGUCUAGCAACAACUCUAGCAGCAGUAGCAAGUCCAGUAAACAGGGCUCGAAACAGGAAGGAAACAAAACCGCAAAACAACCUGAAGAGACCCAAACAUCAUUGGAAAAUAUUUUUCUCGCAGCCGAGCUUCUCAAAUGCCAUCAAUCUCAUCCCUCUCUCUGUCACUCCACUACCAAGAUUGCUGCAGGCUCAACCAUCACCGGCUCUGAUGUAACAAAUAGUGGGGCUAUGGUACGCAAGCUUGCAGGAAGCAACGUACCCUCUGGGUCUUCACCUGCACAGCUCCCGACCCGAAGGCCUGGCAUGGGAGGCAGCACUGGGGUGGCCCACACAAGUGACGGACAGCUCAGCAGGGAGGAGGUGGAGCGUCGUCUGGCAGCGCGGCAGCCCAUGAACGACUUCACCACCACCGUCUCACUAACCUUGCCCAACCAGCUGUUCUCCGACAACAUUAUGGAAGGAGACUUCAUGGAGGAGGAAGUUGAGACGUCACCAAGCUACAUCGAGGAAGAUGUCACUGUGGAUUAUGACUGAUGUUAAAGUGUAUAAUUGAGGAAUGCAUCAGAAAAUAAGAUAAAAUCUUUUGACUGGUGUGUAGCAUAUACAGUUAGGCUUAUGUGAAGUUGUAUGAUAGAAGAUAUUAAGGUAUAAGUAUCAUACAAAACCG